AUGAUAGCCCUUGCUGUGGCCAAGAAAGGUCUUCCCAAUAUAAUAGAGUCAUUCCCCUCUUCACCUAAGUUCAGGAUUACAAAAUCUGCUGGAAACAGGGACGGAUGUAUGGGGGACAAAGUUCUUGAUAGGCAUAGUGAUGAAACUAUUGCAAAUAACCGUUUAAGGUUGAAGACAUCUAUUAAUGCUAUUCGAUGGCUUGCAUUUCAAGCAUGUGCAUUUAGAGGCGAUGAUGAAAGUCCUGGAUCUUUGAAUAGGGGAAAUUUUAUUGAGUUAAUUAAGCUUUUAGCUUCCUGUAAUCAGAAUGUUAAUAAUGUUGUCCUUGAAAAUGCUCCUGGAAAUGCUCAAUAUAUAUCUCCCGGUGUUCAGAAAGUUAUAUUGCAUAUCUUUGCUAGAAAAGUGCGUGCAACAAUUCGAGAAGAAAUUGGUGAUUCUAAAUUUUGUAUAAUUAUUGAUGAAGCAAGAGAUGAGUCAAAGCGAGAACAAAUGUCUGUGGUUUUGAGAUUUGUAGACAAGCACGGUUGUGUUCAAGAAAGAUUUUUUGAUCCUAUACAUAUUUCUGAUACAUGUUCUUUGACAUUGAAAACAGAAAUUUCAUCAGUUCUUUCUCGUCAUAAUCUUGAUGUCCAAAAUCUUAGGGGACAAGGGUACGAUGGAGCUAGUAAUAUGCGUGGUGAAUGGAAUGGAUUGCAAGCUCUAUUUAUGAAAGAUUGUCCUUUUGCUUAUUACAUUCAUUGUCUUGCUCAUCGAUUACAAUUAGCACUUGUUUUUGCAGCCAAAGAAGUUUGUUAUGUUCAUCAAUUCUUUUCAAAACUUACACUAAUUGUGAAUAUUGUGACUAUUUCUCCUAAACGUCAUGAUCAGUUAAGGGUUGCUCAAGCAAAUAAUAUUGCAAACUUAAUUGCCAAUGAUCAAAUUGUGACAGGUAGUUGA